AUGCUGUAUGAUAUCGAGAAUACCGAAGACAUCCUUGAUGACGAUCUAAUUACGGAACGAAUCGAAAGUUUCCGCACACCUUAUCGCCCGGGAGAUAAAUUGAGUACCGCCGAUUGGGAGAAUCUUCGGUCAGAUGUCCAGACGUCGUUCACAAUCCAGCAACUGUCGGACUAUAUUGAGCAGUUUAAGGCAGAUGGCGCAGUGUCGGAGGAGGGGCUAGUACUUGAUGGAGGACCAAAACUCGCGGAAUGGAGACCGGGGACUUCAGCAUUUUUUGAAACGGAGUCGGCCCCCCAGGUGGGAGCCGCUAAAAGAGUUGCAACUUCACUAGAUCUUAGAGGCAAGUAUCUGCUCACUGAGCGGAUACUCCGCGAUUGCUGGCACCUUGGGCUCAUCGGCGAAGUCGGUCAGCUGGAUGUUCGUCUUCCCGCCCAUACACUGUCGUUAUUUUUACACUCCGAGCACUUUUCCUUCGAGGAGCUCGCUGGUCUUCACGAUGCGAAGAUUGAUAUUACCCAUUCGCUUGGUCUUGUUCGCAUCACUGGAAAGCUGCAUUCUUGUGAAUUCAUCCGUGACAUCAUAUACGACGCCACGACCAGGAUACGAGAGGAGGAUCUUGAACUGUACCCUCGUGGGGUUACCCCAAAAGGCAAAAACCGUGUUUUCACUGUUGAUUUCUUGUCAUGGGUCAGCAAGACUUAUGGUGUCUCAUUCGACAUGACCUCUACUACACCAACUAAGAUGUUCUACCUUGUCGAAAACAAGCCAAAAGCAGAGAGUGCUCGGAGGACACUGAACCUGGCAAUUCACGAUGCCACACAGCCUCCAAUACCAUUCGGCACUUAUAUGGCAGCCUCAGAGCCCGUCGACACCUACGAUAUCAACCCGGAACUCAAUGUAUCAUGGUUUGAUCGACAGAAGACAUGGUUCCGCUGGGCCGUACCGUCGGCACAAACAACUGCACCAAGCAUGUCAGACACCCCAUUCUUCAAUCAACACGAAACACGCCUAUCAGACGAACUCCUCAAACUUCUACGCGCAAGAGCACGCACUAACAUCGGCAAGGCCGCAGCCCACGAGAGCAUUACAGCAGCAGUCGGCCGGUGUCUCUUCGAGCACAAGCCGUUCGAAGGAAAGGCCAUCACCGCCGCCCAACUAGGCAAACUGGCACCUCCACGGACCUUCACAACCGACAUUCCCCGAGUAAUCCCCUUCCUGCAUCAGCUGGCCGCAGAUUAUCCGGAGGAAGAAAUCCAACCACACCGCCUCCGCCUAGUCCCAUCCGCAGUCCACGCAAACAUCUUCCCCCAACUCGAGCUCGAAGUCGCCAUAGCCCCAGGAGGCUUCGAGUCCGAAUACAACGUGCAAAACGCCAGAGCAAUCCUAUCCCAAAGUAGCGUCGACUACCUCCUCCCCGAAUGCAGCCUCGAUCUCCGCUUCACCCGACAAUUAACCCACGAUGUACUGGACAGCUUCGACGAGAACGGUCCCCUGGUACCCCUCCAGGACUCCCUACGGGACUUCUUCUCCAAGGCGAUGAUCUACGAGGGCGAGACUCCUCUUCCGGCCUUUUCUCAGCUCUCAGUCCCCAACCAUCUCUUGGUUGAGACGGGCGAAGAACGCGAUCCCGAUGGCUUCACUACAGCGGAGUACAUGUAUCUGCCCGUCAGCGAUUUCCGGGGCACGCGUCUCCAUCAGUAUGACUUUGAGGGCCACAGGCUUAAUUACUCUUUCUAUGAGAGUGGACCUUUUAGUUCUCAUCGUAUGACGGAUAUCUUCUUGGAUAUGGAUAUGGCUGGUUCUUCGGAACAGUCUCCUUCGGAUAAUACUGACUCCCAGGAAUCUAUCCAGCGAGAGUUUAGUUCGUUCUAUAAAGCAGCUUGCUCUUUGGCGUUUGACUUGGAUAAAUCCGGACGUGCGAUGUGA